UGGAGCUACAUUGGAUUCAGGCUGGGAUUUUCUGACGCCGUAUGUUUUUCUGUAAUUAUUUGUUUCCUAAUAUUGUUGGGGGUUUCGCACACCGAGCGCGAUCGGCGCCGUAAUCGGCAGUGGAAAUGAUGAACUCCAGUGUCGACCUGUCCCGGAGGAAUCCGCAGGAGGAUUUCGAGCUGAUCCAGAGGAUAGGAAGCGGCACAUACGGAGAUGUGUACAAGGCUCGUAAUGUAAACACAGGAGAGCUGGCUGCAAUCAAAGUCAUCAAGCUGGAGCCAGGUGAGGACUUUGCUGUCGUCCAGCAGGAGAUCAUAAUGAUGAAGGACUGUAAACACUCCAACAUCGUGGCCUACUUUGGCAGUUAUCUCCGGAGAGACAAGUUAUGGAUCAGUAUGGAGUACUGUGGAGGAGGUUCUCUGCAGGAUAUCUAUCACAUUACCGGGCCUUUGUCAGAGUCACAGAUCGCCUACAUGUCACGGGAGACCCUACAGGGUUUAUACUAUUUACACAAUAAAGGCAAAAUGCACAGAGACAUCAAGGGAGCCAACAUCCUCCUGACAGACAACGGCUACGUUAAGCUAGCUGACUUUGGUGUAUCGGCCCAGAUCACAGCGACUCUAGCCAAGAGGAAGUCGUUCAUUGGAACCCCGUACUGGAUGGCUCCAGAGGUAGCAGCAGUGGAGAGGAAAGGAGGUUACAACCAGCUGUGUGAUAUCUGGGCUGUGGGCAUUACUGCAAUCGAGCUGGCUGAACUGCAGCCCCCCAUGUUUGACCUGCACCCCAUGAGGGCUCUCUUCCUAAUGACCAAGAGCAAUUUCCAGCCUCCUAAGUUGAAAGAUAAACUCAAGUGGACAAAUAACUUCCACCAUUUUGUCAAACUGUCCCUCACCAAGAACCCAAAGAAGAGGCCCACAGCUGAGAAACUGCUGCAGCACCCGUUUGUGUCGCAGCCUCUCAGCAGGACUCUGGCGAUAGAACUGCUGGACAAAGCCAACAACCCAGACCACAGCACCUUCAACGACUUUGAUGAUGACGACCCUGAGCCAGAGUCUCCGGUCUCUGUUCCUCAUCGCAUUCGUUCCACCAGCAGGAGCACCAGAGAGGGAAAGACGCUGUCAGAGAUCAACUUUGGACAGGUGAAGUUUGAUCCUCCAUUGAGAAAGGAGACAGAACCUCAUCAUGAGCCGUGUGAAUCUGAGCCCUAUCUGGACUGUGUUGAGGAGCUCUACUAUACCGCCAGAUCUAAUAUGGAAUUGCAGUUGGAGUAUGGCCACGACUCACCAAGUCUACUGGGAGGAAACAAGAGUCUUCUCAAAUCUGUGGAGGAGGAGCUGCAGCAGAGGGGCCAUGUGGCACACUUAGGGGAUGAUGAGGAUGAGGAUGAUGAUGGUGCAGAUGAUGAUGAAACUCACACUCAUAAAUCCAGCACCAUCAUGAGGCCAAAGGUCCCGCCUCCACUUCCUCCCAAGCCCAAGUCCAUCGCGUCCACCACGUCCCAACAGCAACAAAAACACGACGAGAGCCAAUCACACAGUGAGGACGACGGCGGAGGGGGAGGUACCAUCAAACGCUGCCCAGUCCCGGAGACGUCGAGCCCGGCAAAGGCAGCCUCCAAUGUCCCCCCGCGACCCCCGCCCCCGAAGCUGCCACCCCACCGCCGCAGUAGCCUAGGUAACGAGAGCCCCAAGUGCACGGACGUGGAAAACUCUGCCCCAGAGGAUGAUGGGAGCUUUAGACAUUUCUGGGAGUGGCUCCACACGCCUCACACAGAGGAGGAGCUGGAGGAGGCAUGGGAGGUGCUGAAGGAGGUGAAAGAGGAGCAGGAAAAAGAGGAGGAAAAGGAAGAGAGUAAUGGCUUGAGUUCUCCACAUACUGGAGAGAGGGACAGUCCAGCAGAAAGGCAGUCCACUAUGCCCCCUAGCGUCCCCAUACGGAAAGACAAGAAGGACGUCGCUCCGAAGCCGAUCAGUAAUGGACUCCCACCAACACCUAAAGUUCAUAUGGGUGCAUGUUUCUCCAAGGUGUUCAACGGUUGUCCUUUGAAGAUCCACUGCGCGACAUCCUGGAUCAAUCCCGACACCAGAGACCAGUAUUUGAUAUUUGGAGCUGAAGAGGGAAUCUACACAUUAAACCUUAAUGAACUGCACGAGACCUCGAUGGAACAGCUCUUCCCUCGGCGGUGUACCUGGCUAUACGUCAUGAACAACUGUCUUCUCUCCAUAUCCGGCAAAGCCUCUCAGCUGUACUCUCAUACUCUGAGCGGUCUGUUUGAGCAGGCCAGACAGUUACAGAAGUUACCAGUAGCCAUUCCCACACACAAGCUGCCUGAUAAGAUGAUUCCCAGAAAGUUUGCUGUGUCUAAUAAAAUUCCAGACACUAAAGGGUGCCAAAAGUGCUGUGUAGUCCGUAACCCGUACACAGGCCAUAAGUACCUGUGUGGAGCCUUUCAGUCCAGUGUCAUGCUGUUGGAGUGGGUGGAGUCCAUGCAGAAGUUUAUGCUCAUCAAGAACAUCGACUUCCCGUUGCCCUGUCCACUGGAGGUCUUUGAGAUGUUGGUGGUGCCGGAGCAGACCUACCCUCUGAUCUGCGUGGCGGUCAGUAAAGGCACGGAACUCAACCAGGUGGUUAAGUUUGGCACCGUCAACCCCAACUCUACCUCCUCGUGGUUCACAGAAGCAGACACACCACAGACGUGUGUGAUCCACGUCACCCAGCUAGAGAGGGACACUAUUCUAGUCUGCCUCGACAGGUGUAUAAAGAUAGUGAACCUCCAGGGCAGGUUAAAAUCCAGUAGGAAGUUGUCAGCUGAGCUCACCUUCAACUUCCAGAUCGAAUCAACAGUUUGUCUUCAGGAUAGUGUACUAGCCUUCUGGAGGCAUGGCAUGCAGGGGCGGAGUUUCAAGACCAACGAGAUCACCCAAGAGAUCUCCGACAGCACACGCAUCUUUAGACUACUGGGAUCAGACAGGGUGGUGGUGCUGGAGAGCAGGCCUACGGACAACCCUACAGCCCACAGCAACCUUUACAUCCUGGCAGGUCAUGAGAACAGCUACUGAGACUCACGAACACAAAAAACACACUCUCUAAGCAGCCACUAAUGCAGACAAGGGGGUUGAGCAACUCGAAGAUACAGUCAGCCCAGUCUUACCGCUUACCCAACCCAAAAACUCCUGUCGGCCAUUUAACUGGGAGAUGAGGGAGCUGUUCGUGGGCGCCGAUGUGGACUCCCAGGUGCAGACAUUAAAAUAAACCACAGUGUUACAUGUGUACUAGCUAAGCGUGUUGUAGUAGAGCAGCGGGUUGUCGACACUUAUCUGACACAGUGAGGUUUAAAACUGCUGGUCUGUACCCAGAAUCCUUCCUGAUACCCUCCCCUGCACACUGCACACUGGGAAAAAAAAAACGGCUUCCAGCACAGAAGUCUGACUUCAACACUACUUCUACUACUUCUUGUACACAUACUACAACUACUACUGCUACUGCUAAUUGUGCUAAAGCUUUACAGAAGGGCCACCUUGCACAGGAAAAUCUGUCCUUCAUCAUCUAUUCGUGUCUUCCUCCUCUUCUUCUUCCCUUCUCUCCCAUAUUUUUUAAACUACACUUUUAUUUAUUGUGGCAUGAUGUAACUUUAGCGAACAGGAUGGCUCACCUGUUUCAUUUGAUUUUUUUUUUUUUUUUUUUUUUAAGGAUAAAGAGAAGAAAAAAAAAAAGACUAAAAAGCUUUGCCACCUCUGCUAGCAAUGAAUUCCAAUACCCGUCACCACACCACACAAGUGCUUAAUUGACCUCUAUUUAAUUGUUGUAAAUAUAAAUGUAGUAUUUUUUGACAGAGCCAAACACUAAAAGACUGGUCAUGUAGAUAGGUGUGUGUAUAGUCGCUCUGUACAUCUGUGGAGACCGACAGUGAGACAAGGCGGGCAUGGAAGAGUUACGGGGCUGUAGAUUCACUUCCAUGAACAUGUGACGAGAGUCAAGAACUCCCCCCCCCCCACCCCUGCAGUCUCCUCAGGUGGACAGCUUAGGUAACAUGAUACUACUCUAAUAACAAUCUGGAGCUCAGGAAUGACCUGAGCAGACACAGCAAGCAGCACCGAUUGAUCAUUUUCUUAAAGCAUGACUCACCCUCAAACCGCCUGCACAUUCUGCACGUCGUCACGGCUGCAGACGUCAGUAAGUUCCAGUCGUUUUCCGUUUUUUUUUUCCCUCACUUUUUGACAUCAUUUUUUGUUUUGUUUUUUUAAAUUCUAUUUUAAUCAGAAAGUUUUUUUUUUUUUUUUCAUUUAAUACUUUUCUUUAUCGAACCACUGGUGUUAAAAUUUUGCACAGAGAAAAUGGUAUUUGACAAACAAAUGUGACGUCAUUAUAAUAUAUGACCCUGUGUGUGUAUGCACAGUGUGUAGGUAUGUGUGUGUGUGUCUAGACAUAGAGUUAUGCACAUACUAAGUGCAUCAUGUACAGAUCCGGUCUUAAACAAGUAACAGUUUUAUUUCUGCCUGAUGUCCAACAAGAAAAAAAAGCUGGAUUUACACAGAAAGAUUUUAUUUUAUAUUUAUCCAGAACACUUUGUUGAUUUUAACUUUCAGCCACGAUUUCUGCCAUUAAAUUUAACCUCUAACGAAUUCCACGUCUGGAGUAUGCAACAUAUUCACGAUUCAUGACCUGUUCUGUUAAAGUAGCUACAUCAAAUUGUUAAAAUGGGGCAGAUACAACAGAUCAUAAUGUAAAGAGUACAAUAAGAACUUAAAACUCCCAUUCUUAGCUAACUACAGCGCUAAUAUCCUUCAAAAGAAAAAAGGGAUUCCCAUGAGAGGUUCAUAAUAAGCUAAAACAACAUUCUGGGUACUUCUGUGUGCACAGUGAUAAUAUGCUGUUAAAAAAAACAUCUGUUUUGUUGCACUGAACAUCUGCAAACUCUUAAAUAUGCCACAGUUGUUUAAUGCCAAUCGAACAGCUUGUUGAUGAGCCUGUAUGAGCUUAAAACGAAUAGAAAACUUUAUAUAUAGUUCUACUGUUUCAGAAAGAACAUGUUAUUUAAACUUUGAGCGACACUAUUAGAACAUACGCAAGCCAAGAAAUGCGUUGGGAAUUACAUUUCUGUGCAAGUCCAAACUAUUUUAAUUAAUUUUAGUCUCAUUUUUAACAACCUUAGUUGCUGUGACUUGUUUAAAGGCCGACAUCUGUAUGAAAGAUGACCUCAUGCAUGUAGAUAAUAUGCACUCUGUGGUGUGUAGGAGUCUACAUGUGGCAGUACACUACCAGUCUUUACAAGCUGUAACACGGGGGGGAGGGGGGGAGGGGCUUUAAAGGCCUACAACACUAGUUUAGAGACACCAUUACUUACAGGGCUGAAGUUUUUUGGGUUCAUUCUUCCUAAGAUGUCAAUCCCUCAUUUGUUAAUUAUCCAGCUUAGAACAGAACAAUGAGAUUAAUGAAAACACACAAGACUGCUGGAGAGGUUUACUACCUGCUCUCCACAUGACGCAUGAUUUCAUCAGAUCAACAGCUGCAGCAAAGACCAUUAACGUACUGAUAGGGCAAUGAUUAGUGGGUAACGUUAAGUCAAGCCAAUGUUUGAUCUAUUUCAACAUUUUGGCUCUCUGUCGAAGUGUUGGGUUGUUAUAGGAAUAUUUCACUAUGUUGGGGGACUUCUUUAAGAGAAUGUAACAGCUUUAUAUUCCUGCUGACCUCCCAUCAAACCUUCAUUAGGUUAUGUUUGAUUUAUUUUUCUCACACCCAACAAGGAAGCAUGCCCUCUCUCUAAACAUCCAUUGACAGGAAACACAGCAUUGCCCCCCCCCACAUACAUUUUCAUCGUGUUUUCAUGAGUUUUAUUUUUUAUUAGUCAUCCUCCCGCCCCAGAUCAGCUCCUGAUACUUUAGUGCAAGUAGCUGAAUAAGCAUAGUUUAGUAAGUGUAAAGAGCUUGAAUCCACUGGGAGGAUGAACAUUAUUUCUCUUCCUCUGUGAACACUUUUAUUUUGAAAAUGCCCAUUGAAUGUCACUUUGCACCUGGAAAACAAACAACAUGCAUACCAAACAUACAAGAGCUAAAGAUGCUAAACUUGAUUGCCCUGUAGUAAGCUAGGAGUGGAAACUUUCCUAAUAUUGUUCCCUUUAUAGGACUUGUAAUACGCCAUAUAUCAGCCAUAGCAGAGUUAGAUGUCAAAUAGGUUGAACUCUUCUGGUAAGAUCUGGAGAGCACCGAGAUCAUGAAAUGUGUCAUGCACGGAGGGAAACUAUUUCAAACUGCCAUGCAGAGAAUAUCAAACUUACUCAAAAGUAACCAUAGACCUUAAAAUGCUUUUAAAAGCAUCUAAAUGUAAAACUGUAGAAAAAGCAAACAAUGUAUUUUUUAGCAUUAUUUUCAACUGCCUUAUAAUUGAAUUUACUACCACAGACGUGUGAUUUAGCCAAACCCUGCUCAUUAAUCUGCUACUUAGCCAACAUGGUGUCAUAGAUUCAGGACUGCAACCAAAAACAUUUUCCAAGAAUUUGUUCUCUCAGUGUCCAAACAAUAGUUCUGCAAGUAUACUACCAAGCCUAAGACUGGCAUCAUCAGCCAUUAUGUCUAUUAAUCAUGUGUCAUAUAAAAGCUUGAUUUAUUGAAUUUGAUUGGUCACUUGCCAUUCUACUAGUUGUAAUAUCAUGCCUUACCAAACACGUUACCGGGUCAUAUUUCGUUGUGAAAAUGUUCUCUCCUUUCUUAACAUUUCAGCGGCUUGACGCAACAUUUAAUUAGGAAAUAAGAUGCCAAAUUAUGUUGUGGAAAAUAGUGAUGGCCAAGUUUAGAUAGUUAACCUGGUGGUAAGUCCUACUUAAUGAAAAAAAUAGUUUGAUUCAAAAGACAGCCAUCAACAGCGCACAUGGUUAAGGUUAGCUCCUGUGAACAUUCACAUUUAAAGGUUUUUGUUACAGAAAUAACAAUCUGCUUGUAAUCUGUAUUGAUUUCUUUUCCUUUUGGUUUUGGUGCAAUUUGUCCGUUUUGCAGCAACACAAAAGUGUUCCGCAGGAUAGCAUGACGCUCUGUGAUAAUGCUUCAAUAAUAGACUCCAGUUGCAUCUGUUGUCCUCUAACGCCGGUGCCAACAUGGUUACUCUUGGUGGGUUUUACAGAAAAAUUAAAGAGUCUGUUUUUUUUUAUUUUAUUUUAACUGCUAUUAAAUUAAACCAUGAGUGAAACAUAAAUCAUAGGCAUUGUUUUACGCUGUGGGCACCAUAUAUGUGUUGACAGUCACAAAAAAUUGGCAAUGAAAUGGUUUUUCAGAGAUUGCUUGUUCUUGUCUACAUGUGGUGAACCUGAUGAAUCUUGUGCUCCAUCCAGAUUAAAGUUACCCUGACGAGUUAUAUGCAGACGCUGUUCUAGCCCAGGCCUACUCCGGGUAAAUAACAAUAACACAAAAUAAGUCUCCUCUGUUCUGUCGCUAUUACAUCACUUUUUUUGUCUUUUGUUUUCAUAAUGCAAUGCACACGUUAUGAACUGUAUAUAUUGUAAAAUAAAAAUGGGUUUGUUUUACAUACUGUAUAAUUGCCUAUAUUUUGGUUCAGAAGUGUAACAGAUUUAUGAGAUGACAGGUUAACACAUUAAAAAGAAGGAUAUCAGCCA